UGUACCUAUUUUGUAACCAAAACAUAAAUAAAAUCGAUUCAAAAAUAAGAAAAGAAUACCAAAUGUGUUAUUGAUAGAAAGAAAACCAAAUAAAUGAAAUCGUAAAACGAAAACCAAGUUCUCAUGAAAUGAAAAAUAUUAUUCAGUGAAAACAAAACCAAAAUCUAAAAACUUCAAGUUUUAACUGCCACCUUCGUAUAAUAAAUAAUUAUUUUAGAUGUUCAAUAAUAUCUUAGUGUAUUUUGGAUAAAUAUUAGGAACUGAGAUCAUGUUUGGUACAAGUUUUUUUUUGGGAUUGUUAAUGUUUCGGGUUCUAUCGGAUAUCCAUUUAAAUUUGGGUUCGGUUCGGAUAAUAACCAUAGUCCAAAAUACUAUAAAACAAGAUCCAUUCGGUAUUUAUGUCAGGUUUGGAUAGGUUUGAAUUUAUUUUUAUUGGAUAGGAUUCUGUUCGGAUUUUUGGGUUUGGUUUAUUUGCCCAACCGUAUGGAUUUAACAAAAUUAGGAUAGGACAAUUAGUUAGUACAACAAAAUUGUUUAAUGAAUUUAUAAAAUUCGAAUAGGACAAUUUAUAAAUUUCUUAUGACAGGGUUGGAUGUCUCUCUUAAAGAAUUUCUUACUUGGUAAGGUAACUGUUAAAGAAUUUGUUAUAUUGUUAUUUUUUUUUGUAACAGUGUUACAUUGUUCUUUUUUUUUUACUUUUAACGAUUUUGAUAUUUGGAAAUGGUUUAUCUAUUAACACUAUUUUGUAGACUGGACGGGAAUAUACAUUUUUCCAAGUUGUGAAGUUAUCCAAAUUGUCAAUUUUAAUGAACCAUAUUGAACCGUGAUUCAAAUUGUCAAUUUUCUAAAAAUUAUCCGAUUCAAUUUUGUAUGGACUAUAAUUUACAAUUGUUUUAAUGGUUUUUAUUAAUUUAAUAAUUUUAAUAUCUUAUCCGAUUAUGUCACCGGUUCAUAAUCAAACCAAUUAUUAGAUCCAAUCCAACUAUAUAACCGGUUUAUAGUUAAAUUCGGUUCAACCAUCAAAUUAGUCCGGUUUUAAAAAUAUUGGCAUUUGGUUAAUGCCAACCGCCAACCUCCACGGGUGUUUUUUUGUGAAAGCUCACUAUAAAGUUCAUAGCAAGCUUAUAACAUUUUUCCGGAAAAUAUAUAAUAAGCAGAUAACAAAAAAUUAAUAUAAGGAAUAGAAAAAAACGUAUUAGCUCUUUUUAUAUAUGCAGUAUUAAAAACUUAAAUAAUGUGUGUUUAAUAAUUAUAUGUGUGAUUAUACUGAAUAUUUCGAUAAUAAAUUCCUGGUAUUCAAAAACAUACUGCAAAGUCUGAUAUUAGCUAAAGUCAUGACAGCAGAAUUAAAAUAUAGGAAAAUUUUGCUUUAACGUCAAGGAAUAUAAAAAAGUGGGUAACUUUCCUCCGGACUUUCUGUUAAUUUAGUUAAUUUAUUAGCAUGGUUAGAACUUAGAAGAAAAAUACAAAUCAAACUUCUUUUUUUUUUUGCUUUGAAAAAAUACAAAUCAAACUGUUGGGGGCACUUAGAAGAACAGUGGAAUAAUGGAUUAGAUAUGCAUCCACUUCUGCAUCUCCAUCAUCAUCCAUUCAGCAUCAUCAUCAUCAUUAUCAUCAUCAGCCACCUUUCUACUUUGUCUGUUUCACAACUGCCCAAUCUACCUCCCAAAGUCGUCUCUUCCAUGUGAUACACUUCGCUUGGCUUCUUCUGCCUUUAGCUGUGUUCCUGUCUCAACGUCCGUACGUUAAAGGUUAUAGUCCAGAGAAGAUGGAAGCUUCUAAUGGAAAAUCACCUAAGAGUAAUGCCGAUUCAGCUAAUCAGAAACAGAAUCCUAUUCUUUUAGAGGUGAACAGUAUUGAGAAACAACUAUGGACAUUAAUCCACUCAAAAGGCAUACUGCAUCCAGAUGUUUCAGAACUAUACACUAAGUCAACUUCCACCUACGAGCAAAUCUUUAAAAGCAAUCUCCAACAAGAAGUGCUUCAAGAAGUUGAGUUCUGUCUCUGGAAACUUCACUAUAAACACAUAGACGAGUUCCGUAAAGGCAUCAAGACAAAUGAUCCCGCCACUCAUAUGAAAGCAUUCAAGAUGUUUCUCUCAAGAGCCGCUGAGUUUUAUAAGAAUCUGAUCUCCAAAGUUGAGGAAUCUGGAUUCUUAUGCCAUCGUUUCUAUGUAUGUCUUGGAGAUCUUGAAAGGUAUAAAGAACAGUAUCUGAAAACACAUGAGCAUCCUCCUAAUUGGUCAACUGCAGCUAGUUACUAUCUUGAAGCUGCAAAAUCUUGGCCUGAUAGUGGGAAUCCUCAUAACCAGCUAGCUGUGUUGGCUACUUAUGUUGGUGAUGAGUUCUUGGCUUUGUACCACUGUGUGAGAAGCUUAGCUGUGAAAGAACCUUUCCCUGGUGCUUCCAACAAUCUUCUUUUGUUGUUUGAGAAGAACAGGUCUUCUCCUUUGAAGUCUCUCUCUACUGAUGGAGAGUUUAACUUCUUAAACCCAUCAGAGAGGAAUGUUGUUGUGAAGGACUUAAUGGCUGGAACUGAUUUAUGGCCACUGGUGGUCCGAACUAUUAGCUUCUUUUUCCUUAAAUCCAGUUUUGAUGACUUUGGUUGCACAUUUGCAUCAACCAUGAGAGAACUGGAUGCAGCCUUUGCAGCAGAUGAUAAGAGCCUAGAAGCCAUGUUGGAGUCUUAUCAAGUUAUGGAUUUAUCAAGAAAGGGACCUUAUAGAAUCCUCCAACUUGUUGCGGUUUUCGUCUUCAUCUUCCACCACUUGGCAGAGUUUAAUGAAUCAGACAAGGCUAAAGAGGAAGUAAAGCUAACAAGAUUAGCCUUAACAAUGGUGUUCAUCGUCAUGGGGAGAGUUGUUGAGAGAUGUUUGAAGACAAGUCCUUUGGAUUCUUGCCCUCUAUUACCAUCUCUACUUGUGUUUCUUGACUACUUACCCUUUCUUCUUGAAAAGACAGAAGAAGGAGAAUGCAGGUUUGAUGAGAAGAGUGAGAUUGCAAUAUCUUACUUCUUUGGCAAACUUGUGGAUCUCCUGAACCAGUUAAAGGUGGAAGGACAAAACUGUUCUGCUCUUUGGGAGGAUCAUGAACUGAGGUCAUUGGCUCCUCUUGCUCUUAUACAUCUGCUUCUGGAUUUCUCAAGUCAUAUGGAACUAAGAGAGAGUUUUGAUAAAGGAAAGGAGAUUCGUCUUCAACGGAUUGUUAAUUCCGCUAUUAGGAUCACAAGUAGACAGAAUAAGAGUUCUCAAAAGUGGUUGUUCCUUGACAAGCAAGGGACUUGGUCCUACUCAAAUGAAGAGGGAAGUAACAUAACAUGUAUUGCUGUAGGAACUGCUGAGAAUGAGAGUGAAAGAUCUUUGCCUGCAGAAGAGGAAGAAGCCAUUCUUCUCAAGCCGCUUGUAAGGUCUCAAUCUGCUCCUAUCUCUUCUUCUGGCAUUGCAACGAACCCACUCAGCUCGAAUAACAAAACUUCAUCUGAUGAAAGCCUAAGACGUACCUCAUCACUCAUUGCGAACCAUAGCACACAGGAUACUAACACUGAAAGCUUCAGCUUCACGCAAGGUCUUAAGAACACAGAUCCACAAGGCACAGUCUCAGGAAGACCUCCAUCGCUAAGCGCGUGGGUAGUAGACAAGAACAAAGAGAAUGGAGGAGUAAGUAAGCCAAAUGGGUUAAGCCCUAUUGAUGAAACAAGUCCUGUCACAUCCUUUGAUAGUCUCUCAACUUCUUGUUAUUCACCUCCUACUCCAUCUGCUCCAUUACUUCCUGAAGACGCCUCUUGGUUUCAUAAUGGCCCUAUCGAUGAACCCCCCGGUUUCAUGAAGACAUACACAAACUCGCCACAUGUUGGGAUGUCUUCUUCUGAAUGGUUACGUCAGUAUAGAGAGAGUAGGAACCUUGGACCAGCCUAUUCCCAUCAUCAAGCUCAGGGGUCUUCAAAGUUCAGUCUCUUAGCUAGGUACGGUACACCAAAUGAUCAAUCGAUGAUCUCUUCUGAAAACUCAAUGUUUCAUCCUCAGCUUUACAAUGAGUCUGGAGGAGAGAAGCUAUGGAAAGGUCAACAAAGCACAAGAAACGCUUAUGGGUUCAGUGAUGAUCCUGGACCGUUUCUUCGAUACUUGAGAGAGAAAGAGUGGCUGAAUGAGAAUGGUGAGAGGUUAAGAGAAGGUUGUAAGUGAGUGAGUUUACAAGAAACUGUCUCAAGUUGGCAAGUUGUAACAAACCAAUAGUUAUCCUCUUGUCUCCUUGUGUGUUGUUGCUCAUUUUUAAAGACAAUGAAAACACAAUAAGAAAAAGUUUGGAUGUAUUAAAAUGAACGUUUAUACGA